AUAAAUGUUUGAAGCAAGAUGAAUACAAAAACGAACGGUAGGAUGUAAAUAAUUUUGAAAUCAACGGGCAAUAAUAUAGACAGAAAAUACCAAUCGGUUUCCAAACAAAUACAAUUUAAGUUAACCGAUAGCAUUUUUACUAUCAGCAGCUCAAUUCCAGUUUAAUAUCGUUACCGGUUGUAAUACUUCAUUGGCGGUCAAACGGAUGUUUCGACGACAAACAUAAACAUGAGUGCCAAAACGUUUACUUGGAAAGGAUUGUAUUACAAGUUGAACAAACUCAACGUCAGUUACGCAGAUGAAUCGAUCGAGUCGCUUAUUAACGAUGCUCUGGACGAUAUGAAAAAAGGCAUCUUAAAAUUCAAGCCACACUCGUCGACGAGGCUAGUAUUUUACAAGGGCGAUAAACCAGAUACCGAUUAUUUGUAUCCUAUUGUCUCGCAAUUGCUGUUUAUUAACGAGACAGACGCUAAAAGCGUGUACGAAAAAUACAAAGAAAACGAAUGCCAGAACGACAAGUUAAAUAAAAAUUUAACGGAAAACGAAUUACAUAAUAUUUGUGUAAACGUUUGGAACUUUUACAACGAAGAAAUAUUAUUCUUGUUUCGGACGUUGAAAUAUAUUUUGACCGCAGUCGAAAACCACACCGCUCAUUAUUCCGCUGUAUGCAAAAAAAUUGUUCGCAAACAAAAUUGGGAAGAAUGGUAUGCUUCACUACAAAACCAGCUGUCGUAUGUUCGGUCAAUAACUUUUUUCGAUACGAUUGUGUACAAACCUCUUCAGAAAGUCGUACAUAAGAAUUUGUUGGGAUUUAUUUUAAAUCAACAAAUUGAACUUUUACAAUUAAUGGUGCUAACUUCGAUAAGAAUAGAUAGAUUAACCAAAGACGAUUUUAACACUUGGACGAACAAUUUGAUUGAUAAUAAUUUCGGAAAAAAUCAGACACUUGAGUACGACUAUAACAAUUUACAAACUAUGUACGCCGAACUGAUGAGCCAGAUUUCCAGUUUAGAAACUUUGCAUUCGUUACAAAUAAUCACUUCGUUUUGGGAGCCUGAAAAUUAUAUUUGGACUUCCGAUCAGGAAUUCAACGAAGCGGAUAAAAAAAUAAGAAUGAUACAACACAGCAGUGAAUAUGGAGCUGUACUGAUGGCUUGGACCAUAUUGAAUCUAAAAGGAAAAUACGGACUUAAGAAUUUACAAAAAUUAGAAGUUUACACUGACGCCAUUAGUAAAUUAAAGUUGUGGCCACCCUUAUUGGACAUGUGUCGGUCGUCGGUUGUAAAAGAUCAUCCAAUCACCGACAAAUUGGCAAGGGUUUUGUGUGAAAGUCUAAUCAUAGAAAGUAUAGAAUUGGAUGUAUUCGAUUUGAUCGACUACGAACCCACACUCAUCAAACUAUUGUUAUGUCUAUUAAGUAAAAAUCCGCAGCUGUCUACUGAAGCGAUAAGUGAUACAGAAAAUGGCAUCGGUUUGUUUGUGAAAAAGUUUACAGAAAUGUAUCCAGUAGAUUUGUGCAGCUUAUUCGACUUGUUUGUCGGCAUUAUUAAAGGAUCUGCUCAAAAUUUAAAUAAAGUGUGGCGCAUAAUGAACAGUAUAAACACUUUCAAUGCCGUAUCUCCACCCGACGGUCAAUAUGUUUACGAACAAGAAACGGACACAUUUUACCUGACUGAAAAAUAUCUCGUCAACGAUGCGAUUUGCAAUUUAGAAAUUCCGAAUAACACUAAAUUCAUAAGCGAUGGUGAAAUGGUUCGAUUCAGUAUCAAAGUGCCGGUUUUUUAUUUUUUGAAUUCUGCAAUAAAUAAUUUUAGAAUGUGCCGUGACGAAGAUAGAAAGAAUGAUUCGUAUAAUGUGACGAAAGAAAUGUUGAUGAGUUCCAUUAAACUAAUUCAGACUAUAGCAAAAGUAGCCACGUCAUUGAACGACGACUUAAUGGGAACGUGCGAAAGUCUGUUGACACUUAUUCCUAGCGUAUCCUACAUUGAUUCAAAUUACGUCGCUGAUCCUGAUAUCGUAUCUCAAGUGUUGAAAUUGGCGAGGUGCAUUUUGGUGUAUUUUCCCGAACAAACGAUGUGCUAUUUUAACGCAAACAAUUUUUUUCCGUCACUUGUUAGUAGCGUCGAAGAUUCUGUUGUGAAUUUACAUCCAUUCGCUCAAAAUUCUAUCGCCUUAAUGAUAUUAAAAAACGGACCCGACGUCUAUCCGGUUUUGACUCAAUAUGUGAAAUUCGUGGAAACCGCUUUGAAAAUUGAUCACGUAUUGACGUCUCAGUGUGCCACAUCCGGUGUUAUGUUUGUGUUUAAAAGCGUCAUGCCGUUGUUAGCCGUAACAGAUUUCUUUAUGGGAUCGAAAGAAAAAAUGGAUUUGGGCUGGGCGUGCAUGCGGUUAAUUUAUGUAGUGUCUGUGCUCGAAGCCGACGAUAACGCUCUACUCGUACCAGUGAAAAAAGUGUUGGAUUUAUGUUUGGCUCACAGUCCAUCGUCUAUUUCGUCGUUGAUUAUACUCAACAUAUCUACUAUAGGAGAAAACGAUUUCGUCAAGAUAAUGCACAACUACCAUAGCUGGACCAGCGGACUUGGUAAACGAAAUGUUCAGUCUCUCAUAUUUGCGUUAUCGUUACUCAAUUACAUUAUUAACACUAAACCAUCAUCGGCUGUGCUUAAACAAGGAAAAAAUGUAGCGUUAUUCGAUCCGGAGAGAAGAUUGUCGAAUUUAUUAUCGUACCGUUUGACCGUGUUUCACAACAAACUCAAUAUAUUGUCGCUCACCAUUCUCGGCACGCUCGCAGAAAAGCGUUUUGUGUCGUUUAGUCUUUCGAUGGGAUUUGAUAACGACAAACGAGCUCGACACGAAAUGUUGUCGUACUUGAAGUUGCAUCGUUUACAUUCCACAAACAUUGUGAAAAUGUUAAAGUUCUUGCACAACGCGAUCGCUUACCAGUGCAAAAUGUUUGAAAUUAUUUUAAAUGUGGAACUUCUCGAGAAGUGCAUUAAGGAAAAAAAAAGAAUUGAAAAUAUCGACGACAGUAUCUUAUGGUUUAUCGAAUUGGAACUAGAAACAGACGAUUUUAAACAAGAAAACGGAAGUCAAGUGUACCUUGAGACAUUGGGAAUCAUUCACACGCUGUGGUAUAAUAGAUUUAAUCUGGCGAUGAACUAUUUGGAACAAAACGGUAGUUUUUGGAAGUUAAUAUUUAAACCGUUAUUUUAUAACAAAAUGAUUCCAGAAAUAAACUCUGAAGUGUUUUCAAUUUUAUCACUUCAAGCUCAUUCGUGCCCGAUUGAUAAUAAGAAGGAAUUUUCCGAGCAGUUGGACAUAUUUUUGAAAACCAGACUUAAUAGUAUGUUAACGAGUUUUUUACAAUACUUUGAAGAAAGCAACGGUGACACCGACGAUGUAAAAAGAAAACUGAUAUAUUCGUGGAAGUUUUUCACUCUGCUCGUGUUGAAAAAAAAAAAUAACGCCGUAACCGACAAGUGUCAGGUGGUCGAAAAGGUUUUGAAAAUGUUUAUAUUGGAAUUAAAAGGUAACGAUUUAAGUUCGAUAGCCAGUCUGGGAGAGUGUUUGCUGAUCAUGUUGGAAAUGUGGAAACGAAAUUGUAUCCUAAACAACAAAACAACAAACGAUCAUGUGUUGACCAUAUUGAAAUUGCUCAACGAAAAUGAAUCUCUGUCUAAGAAUCAAAUUUCAAAAACGACCGUACUAUUCGUAGUCAAUGAAAUAAUAAACUUGUUGUACGCUGAUAGCACUGCUCCUGCGAAUAACGACGAAGAACAUUUAUUCAAAGAAAUCUAUAAAGGCGUUUGUCAACUCGCCGAACAACAAUUGACCUGCAUCGACGACCUAAGCCAAAACGAUCAUCGCACGUUACUAGUAAAUCUAAAAGUGGCCAACGCGUUAUUCUAUAAAAUCAUUCCAGUAGUUACAAAAGUAUCGAAUUGGCACAAGACAUACUUGUUGACAAACGCUAUAAAUCAAAUGCUCGUUCUGGUUGAGAAACACAACAGAGAAAAUAAAAUCAAUAGCGUGACCGUCGAAGUCACCGACUUUUUGUUGUAUAUUUCGUCUUUUAAACAAUUUCACUCGCAAUUCGGCACUCAGCCGGCAAUAAUUAAACAAUUGUGUGCCGUACUGUCAACAAAGUUUAUCGUGUCUAGACCCAAUGGCGUCGAAACCAAGUACGAUGAGCCUAAGAGGAUGGUUCUGUAUAAAAAUUAUUUCAAAAUGCUGACCAACUUUUUAACCAAUUGCGACAGCUGUGUAAAAAAAGAAGCGAUACAACAGAUCACUUCCAUUUAUACAGAUUUGGCUACCAUACUAAAUUUCCCGACAAAUAUGAAAUUAUCGAGCGCACACUUAAGUCUAGUCCAAGCGGUCGUUGAGCUAAUGGAUCUCGUAGUGUCCAAAAGUUAUUACUACCAUUGGCAGUCGAUCGGAGGUGCAUGUUAUAUCGCUUUAGAAAAAUGUAUUAUAAGCAUUUGGGAGUGUGCUUACGGAUCGUACUCGCAGUUGAACGAUCCCGACAAACUCAUUAUGAGCAUGUACAAAAAUGAAAAAGUACAAUUGAAUUUGACCGGAUGGAAAACCAGAGGAGAUAUAUUUACGGAGCACGAUUUACAAGCGGUCAACAAGACCAGAAAAAUUCUUUUCGAAAUGCUCUACUCGUGUAAUUCGGUUCUGGCACGCAUAAUGAUUCCGCCUUACGAAAUGGUGUCUCUGUUGCAAUUGGGCAAAACGGACGUGAGCGUUUUCAGAAAUAUCGUCGGCAACGAAGUGAUAAUCGACAAAAAAUUCACCACUUUUUGUACCAUCGACGGGCUAAUCGAAAUGGUCGUAUUCUUAUCGGACAAAAUCACAAGGCACGGUACUAUUUCCACGUCGCUGAUAUCGGCACUGAACGAGAGAUAUGCUUUGGACGUCGAUCUGACGAGUUUGAACGAGGCGUUGGACUUGUGCGUUUACAUAUUUACCAGUCAACUUUUGAUGAAAGUCUCACAAAACAACGAUAACCAUCGACAUUUAAACGAGAUCGCCGACGUCGCAAAAAAUAUGAGCUUGCUCCUUUACAGAACCAUUAGUAAAGACGUUGAAGAUAGGCGAAUAACGUUGGUCGAUAUUAGAUCGCAACAGUCCAACGGCGACGGAUCGGAUGAUUUACUAAUCGGUUUUAUGAAAUUAUUAGAAUUCAUCAAAGACAUCCACAGAUCGCCUUUGUCGUUGUUGGACCAAGAAUCGAGAACAGUGUAUUCGUCGUAUUAUUAAUCGAAAUAAUAACAUAAUAAUAAGAUAACGCAAAAAGACUGGUUAGGUGUUUUAUUUUUAUUUUUAUGAUAAUUAAUUAAU